CUCAGAUUAAUACCCAACCAUUUUCUUGAUUUUAUACUAUUUAUAAAAUUAUCACCUCAAGAAAAUAUAUACUUUAAAACAAUUAUAAUAGUCAUAAUCUUGAUAAAGUACUGUUUUUGGCCCAUUGUCAAUUUCCAAAACAGUAGGGACUAAGCUGAUUUAACUGAUAAUAUGGGGGACUAAUCUGGCUAUUUUCUCGCAGACUGAAACAGAAUUAGCACCAUGGUACUUAUACUUUUUGAAUUUACGAUAUUAGUACCUAAAUUAUCAGAUUUGCGCCCCAACUCUCGGGACUCGUAUCUCCCUCGUCCGACGUCGAAAUUCUGUUUCGUCAAGAACGGGAUGCUCCUGGGAUCGUCCUCUUCGCGAUGAUGCCAAGAUUUUAGUUUGGUUGAGGUCGGCUAUGCCGGAACCGCCGUCGCGACUUCCCGAUGAGUCUCGUACGCCUCUAGCGUAUCCACCGUCGAGCGAGGGUGAUGGCGUGGUGGGACAGCGGGAUGGGAGUCCGAGGCUAGUGCUGUUCAUCGCUGAUUCGAGGAGAGAGGAUUGGGGACGCCAGUUGGGGAUGUGGUACGGGGAAACUGGGAUUAGUUUUUCUUUUAAGCUUCUUCCGCUGCGCUGUUGAGUAUAAGAGAGAGAGAGAGGAAGCGUCCGAGUGGGGGUUUCUCUCCGUUGCUGUUGCCGUAAAAUACGAAGAGAGUGUGUAAAUGGGGUUAUAAGGGUUUGGAGUAGAGAGUCCGCUGGGAAGGGUAAGGGGUUAUAUUCAGAACGCAAGUAAAGAUACAUAGGUUUAUUUCAGAGCGGGGCGCUUAGAACUGGCAGUGAGGCUAGUUUCUCUAUUAGCUGGAAGAAAGCUUUGUCGCACUCACCAAUCCAUUGUAGUCGUGACGCCAAUUUUUUCAGCAUUUGAAAGAACGGGGAAGACUUAUCUGCUGUCCUUGGGAUAAAGCGGCUCAGGGCGGCCAUUUCACCGUUGAACGCCUGGAUUUCCUUGACCGUCUUCGGCGAUUUUAAGUUGGUUAUGGCUUCUAUUUGCUUUGGGUUUGCUUCUAUCCACCUGCUAGUGAUCAUAAAGCCCAGGAAUUUUC